AUGCUGGAAUUUUUUCGUAUUUCGCUCGCGACUGCCUUAUGUCACUGUCGAAGUGAUCCUUCAGCACGGAGCAACCGACGGAAGCAAAAAGAUCUGAUUCUAAGUCAAUGUCAGAUCAAUGAGAGAGUGAAAGAGGAAACAGCAAAUGACCAGGAAGUUUAUCGAAUGAAGAACAUCCAGAAAACCAACAAAACAGAAGAGAAUCAGUUUGGUACUAAAAGACAACUUGAUGGACGAAAAUCACCACAACAGAAAUUACCACCGCAAGACAAGUCAACAACAUGCUCUGUACGAAUGGCAUCAUUCGGUACACAAACUACUGAAGAAUGGAAAUUUAAAAGCGGUACAAUAGUAGUAUCCAAAGCCACCCAGACGCCACUAUUCGCCACCUGCAACGAAGAAACCAAUGGAAAAAAGGAAUCCGAAGAAAAUCUGAAGCUUCAAGCAUGGAAAGAUGCAAAAUUUUUUGUGACAAAUCAACUUCUAGCGCAAUGUCUGCACACUCCCAACUGUACCGAAAUAUGA